GCGGCGAACAGGAGGCCGGUCCUAGUGUGUGUCACCACCGCCCCACGGUCCUGUCUCGCUUGAAGCCCGUGAGAGUAUGGCAGCGCCAGCACUCUGAAGCGCCACGGACGCCAAUGAAUCCUGCCAAACUGAGCGUCCUGUUCUGCGCGGCCGUCAGCGCCUUCGUCUGCCUCUGCAUCUACCUACUGAGUAAAGCCAAGAAGCCGGUCGCUCGGGGCUGGAGUUUCGACUGCGCCCGGUGUGGCGACUACCCGGACGAGCUGUGCUCGGCGCUGUUCGAUGGCAAGGCGGUCGCCGCCGUGCUGGGAGCCCAAUGCGAACAAGUGCACCGGGAGCGGCCCGGAUUCGGAGCCGGCCUGCCCGUCAACUGUUCCCGGCUGCUAGCUGACCACUCCUACAUCACCAAGCCCCUCUCCCAAGAGGAGGCGGACUUCCCCCUGGCUUAUAUCUUGGUCGUGCACAAGAACCUGCAGACCCUGGAAUGGCUCUUCCGAGCCAUCUACAUGCCCCAGAACGUCUACUGCAUCCACGUCGACCAGAAGGCGCCGGCUGGCUUCAGGCAAGCGGUGGAGGGACUGGCCGCCUGCUUCGACAACGUGUUCCUGGCGUCCCGGACCGAGAGCGUGGUGUACGGGGGUUUCUCGCGGCUCCAGGCCGACCUCAACUGCAUGCAGGACCUGGUCCUCUCCAGCGUCCCGUGGAAGUACGCGCUGAACUUGUGCGGCCAGGAUUACCCGCUGAAGAGCAACCGGGAGCUGGUGCAGCUGCUGAAACAGCGCUGGAAGGAUAAGAACAUCACCCCGGGCAUCUUGCAGCCCGAUCACAUCAAGCAGAGGACCACGCACGUUCACCGGGAGUACAUCUCCCCGGCCGAGUCGUACGUCGUGAAGACGGAGACCAGAAAGGCUGGGGGCGUGCCCCACGGGCUGAAACUUUACUUUGGCUCGGCUUACUACGCCGUCACCAGGGAGUUUGUGGACUUUGUACUGAAGGACGAGCGGGCUAAGGAUCUGCUGCAGUGGUCGAGGGAUACCUACAGCCCCGACGAGCACUACUGGGUCACUUUAAAUCGCAUUUCAGAUGCACCAGGAGCAGAUCCCAGUGCUGAGUGGGAAGGCAGUGUACGAUCAAUUAAAUGGCUGGACCAGGCUACAGUGGCCCACAAUGGUUGUAAAGGUCAUUAUGUUCGCAACAUCUGUGUGUAUGGGUUGGGAGACCUGGAGUGGCUUGUUCAAAGGGACAGUUUAUUUGCAAACAAAUUUGAAGUUGACAACCGCCCCCUGGUGGCACAGUGCAUGGAGCGAUGGUUAAGACGAAAAACAUUAUCUCAGUCUGAAGUACCUAUUCCACAAGAAUGGCACAUUAAAAACAACAAGUGUUUCUUUGACAUUGAAGGCAAUGACUGCAGUACUACUUCGAUGUGAUAUGGAGAUCCUUCACUGUUCAACAAUUGAAAAAGUGUUCAUUUAUCAUUUUUAAAAAAAGUAACUGCCUUUCUAUCAGUUAAAUAGAAAAAUGGUUUCUCAUUUUCAUACACAUUUUCCUUUUAGAAUUUACAUAAUCAUGUGGCCUUUGUAUCUUAUUGGAGGUUUUAUAUUUAUUUGUUUCCCAAAUUCUUAGUUGCUUUGCUGAACAUCAUUUAUGAGCAGAGAGAGGGGAAUAGAUGUCCAACUGACCCAAGGUGUCUGCCAAUGCUGCUGCAUAAUCAUUUGUUUUAAAGCAAAUGUAGAGGAGCAGCCUGGAGUUUUCCCUGUCUUCUCCCUUCAGUUCAGUGGUACUAGUCUCAGUUUGCCAAACAAAGGAACAUGGUGGAAGAAGCUGGUGUUAAUUUAGAAACUCUGAGCUACUUAAUUGUUAAUGUGAUGAACCUUAAUAAGUUAUGAUCAUACUGAACUUUGUGUGAAUUUAUGUAAAUAUGUAAAUUGACAUUAAUUUUAUGGUUAGUAGGAAUCAGGGCAUUCAUUUUGUUUUAAAGAAGUUCUACUAGUUAAUGAGACUAAAGGAUCUGAUUUUGAGCAUUUUUCAAAUGUUUAUGAACAUGCUGACAGUUGAGUGUUUAUAGUGAUUGAGCAAAUAAAUCACAGCUAAUAUUGAAAGUAACCAUUACGGGUAAGGAGUAUCUACAAUAACAUAUUGAUCUUAAAAAGCACCAUUUAACAUAGAUAAAUAACUCAAUAAUAAGGGAAGCUAAGAAUGCAUUUAAAUGAAGGAAGGGGACUAGAAGCUAAUGUAGAUUACCAAAGACUGAAGUAACCAGUGAGCAGGAUUGCAUGCAGGAUCAGAUUGAGACAGUUAAGUUUUUGGAUAAAUUGAGAUUUAGGAAGGUGCAAAUGUGUUGCAGAAAAGGUGAAUUUUCUUGUCGAUAGUAUUAAAAGUAAUGUUGAGUAAAUAGCAGUGCAAAAUCAUUUAGAACAUUUUGUCUUGAUCUAUGGUCAUGGCCAAAACAAAACAUGAAGUAUUAUAUUUAUGGUCACUGUAAUUGUAACAUGGAAAAUCUUAACAAAAAAGGGAAUAAGAAUUGUAUCCAAUUCAACAAGAAUGGAAUCUAUUUUCAUUGGAGAAAAGAUGAGUAGGAUUAUACUUGCAAUUGCAGCAGUGGUAUCAAUGUAGCAUUUCCAGAGUGAGUACUUAAGCUGACUCCAGCGUGAUGUUGGUGCUUUGCUUCAUUCUAGAGUCAGCUUGGGCCCUGACUCCUAAUUUAUUCCAAGUUUGCAGAUGACACUAAGAUAGGCGGAGCUGUUGGAGGGUAGCAUCAGGCUACAGGGUGAUACUGAUGUGAUGGUGAAAUGGGCUGAGAAAUGGCAGAUGGGGUUUAAUCCUGAUAAAUGUAAGAUGAUGCAUUUUGGGAGUACUGAUGAGGCCAGGACAUAUGCCAUGAAUGGGCCUAGGGUGUACUGAGGGGCCACAGUGUGCAAGUCCAAAAAUCCUUGAAGGUGGCAACACAGGUAGAUAACGUGGCUAAGAAGGCGUGGAAUAUUGCCGUUCAUUAGUUAGGGCACUAAUUACAAAAGCAGGGAGGUCACACUCCAACUUUAUAAAACUUUGGUCAGACCUCAGCUGAAGUACUGCAUGCAUUUGUGGUCACCACACCAUAGGAAAGAUGUGAUAGUGCUGGAGGGGCUGCAGAGGUGAUUCACCAAAAUGCCUUGAAUGGAACGUUGUAAUAAUGAGUGACUGGAGAGGAUGGGUCUGUUUUUCCUGGAGCAGAGAAGGGUAAGAGGGGACAUGAUUGAGCUACUGUUUAUGAAAUUGAGGGGUAUGGAGAAUGUAGACUGCAGGAACUCUUCACCGUAUCAGAGGUGAAUAAAACAAGAGAGCAUAGAUUUAGGGUGAGGAGCAAGUAAUUUGGAGGGGUUCUGAGGGGGACCUUUUUCACCCAGAGAGUGGUGAGUACCUGGAAUGCACUGCCAGAGAGAGUGGUGGAAGCGGAAUCACUGACAGCAUUUAAGAGAUGUCUCGAUGAACACUUGAAUUGUCUCGGUGUUGGGGGCUACAGGCCAAGUGUUGGCAGAUGGGAUUAAUAUGGAAGGUUGCCCACUAGAAUGGUGUGGAUGUGGUGGACUGAAUAGCCUGUGUCCAUGCUACAUGACUCUGACUUUAUUCCAAACUGUUUAGUGAAACAAAGUUGCGUCUGUGCUGCUGUUGUAAAGUAAAUGUGGCAUAAUUGCAUAGGAAAUUGAUGAAAUGAAUGUGAAGAAUAUCUUUGUUAAAAAAUUUUAACCAGUGAUGUAUUGGCAGUUUGAAAGUUAGGCAUAGUAUGUACUAGAGUUAAAGGGUACAAGGAAUGGUAUUGAUAUUUGAGUACUUUCCAUAUUUUGUCGUAAAAAAUUAUAUUUAUUAAAUUUUAUGCUGUGCAUAUUAUACUGAGGUGGAGAAAAUACUAGCAUUUAACAUUACAGUAAACAGUUCUUAACAAAAAAAUUUUUUUUAUGUUGUUUGGAGUCCAGAAAUUAAUAUUGCUGAUAAUUAGCUUUAUAUUCCUGUGUCUGCUACUUUAAUGCAGGUGCUAGCUCAUUCAUAUUAAGUUAAAAUAGUUCUGGUAAAAUCACAGAUAAGGAAAUGUUAAAUGUUCAGCUGGUAGCAUUUCCGAAAUGAAAUGGAUAAGAUAAUAGUGAAAAAAAAAACAGCACCAGCAAUAAAAUAAUGUGGAUUGGAAAACUGAAAUACGUAGUAGAACCAGAAAAUGAAACUCGUACAUUCUUUUGCUUCAGAAAAAACUGAAGUUAUCUGUGUAUCCUGGGAACACUACACCCUUGGUUUUAACAUACCAAUCAUAGGCUAAAUGUACUUUAAAAAUUGGUUGGAUGUAUUUAUAGUUUGUUCGUAUAUGUAAUAGACUAAUAACUGUAUGUUACAAUCAUUGCAUCUUCAAAAUAAUGUUCUUUCUAUAAUAGUCCCAUGACAGUCAAUUCAGAAUACAAUGAUAUUUCCCACGUAUAUUGUAUUAAUUUUAUACACUGAUAAUUUGUUCAAGCAUUUAUGUGACUGUUGGGGGUGUUCAGACACCAAAUGGCAAACUUUGUGUCUUUAAAAUGAGUAUUGUAUGUGGUAUUUUACCUCAACUUUUGCUUUUGAGCUUUGUGUUCAGCUCCCUAAAGUGUUAUGAAAAACACAGUAGCUAGCUUUUGGCUCCUGUUGACAUUCAGCUGUAAAUGUUUUUUUAAUAUAGCUUCUGGGCAGAUUCUAAUAGUAAACCAUGAAUGGUAGUAUGGCUAAGCUGCCUAAAGUGCUUAAUUGCACCAGGAUCCUUGUGAUUACACAUCUUUGAAGAUGACAACCAGAAUAAAAUGAAAGGAUAUUUUCUUUUUAAAGUAACCCAGAAUUUUUGGCAUUAGAAACAAAAGGCAUAGACUACAAAAAAAAAGCAUGCUAAAUCUUUGUAACAUUAGUUGGGCUGCAGCUGGAGUAUUGUGUUCAAGUCUGGCAUCACACUUGAGGAAGGGUGUCAAGUUCUUGGAGAGGAUGCAAGGAUUUACAAGUAUGCCAUAAGUGACUUCAGUUAAAUAAAGAUGUUGGAGGACUACUGGGUGAAGACAUUUAAAUAUUUCUAAAUUUAGAUAUUUCUCAUCUCAUUCCUUAUCUGCCAGCCUCGUAUCUAGAGGUGUGCCCCCUGGACCUACACUAUCCAGUCCAGGAAAUGGCUCCUUUGUGUCCACCCCACCAAUCCCAUUCAGAAUCUUCUUUUCUCCCACAAUGAAGUUACCUCCUUUGUUUUCUAAAUUAUGCCAAACUUCCUUAAUUUCUCUUCAUAGGGUUAGUCCCUUGCCGCCAUUAAUCAAUCUGGUGAAUUUACCUGGAACUGUCUCCAAGGCAAUUACCUUUUAUCAGCUACAAUGAUUUCAGAAGAUAAAAAUUCUUCUUAUGCAGUGAUGUGUGACCUGGAACAGGCUGCCAGGUAGAUGAGUCAAUAACUAUCAAUGGGGAACUGAAUAAAUAUUUGGAAAUAAACUACAGGGAAGAACUGAGGAAGGAGCAGCAGAGCUGCAUUGAUUGCAUGUAGAAAAGAAAAUUGACUAGUCAUUCUGUGUGCACCAUGAUAUUGUUAGCUGCAUUGUGAAUGUGCAUGAUCUGAAUAUACAACAGAAUUCAGGAGCAUCAUUAUGGUGGGGCCAUCCUCGAUCCAUGUAGCAAAGUGGAUGAAAGAAAAAUCAUUGUGGCUGCACAUUAUGAAGGCAACUACCUAUUGGACAGAUUUAAUUUCCUUGUGCAUGUUAUGUACAAAAAUAUGUGGGAACAUAAAUGUUUAUGCAUUUUGUAAUUUCAUGAUUGAGCUGCUUUUCAAAUGACUGUUGUUAAAAAUUAUCCUGCAUUUAUGCCUGCUUUUUGUGUGAACUUUGUCCAUAAAGUAUGAUGUCAAAAU